UUUAUUUUUUGUUUGGGUGAAAUAAGCCCACCUUUUCUACUGGUUAUUAAGAGAGAGAAGAAAGUCACGGAAAGGGAAGAGCAAUUGCAGGCAUAUUACAGAGAGAGAGGGGGAAAGUUGAAAGGGAGGAGAAGGAAGGAGUCUGAUUACCCUUUUACAGAAUCGAUAUGCGGAAGGAAUGGAAGAGGAGGUUUCUUACCCUUUAACCGUUUUACAGAUUUGAUUGAGGAUGUCCCCUCCGGCGAGAAGCACAAUAACUCGCAUCAGAAAUCUCCUCAUAUUCCCAAUUUCAAACAAAUCGAAAUCCCUAAUUAUAAGCAAGUCGACGACCCCACUCGCUGACGGAAGUCCUUGGGAGUGGGGAGAUCGCGAUUGGGAGUACCGCAGACGAUCUCGGCGGCGGAGAGGUUAUUGACGAGUGCGACUUUCAUCUCCGGCAGCCAGCCCACCUCCACCGCAGGUUCCAGAUUACCUCCAGAGCGCUGAUAUCUUCUCUGUCGAUUGCUGCAGCAGACAGUGUACAAAUGCCGGACAAGUUUAACGAUGUCGACGUACGCACAGAAGAAACAAAACCACUGAGAGGGUUUUCAUGCUACAAAAUUAACCGGAACGGGUUCAUCAUCUAACAGAAGCACUAUUUCAUAUUGCCUCCACUUCUUGCAGAAUCAAAAGGCGAUCUACUAUGAUGUACCAGCAAGGGUAGUGGAACUACAGAUUUGGAGGUCUAGCGAAGUAUAAUGCAACUUACGUG